CGGCUAGUUUCAUUCCAGCAGCGAACGUGGCGCUAGUCGGUCGUGUGUCGCGCUUCGUUCAUAGUCGUCCCAAGCUUCGCGUAAAGUUAAACGGUACAAUACGAACUCCUUUUGGCUGCCCGUCGACCGUUAUAAGCGUACGCUUCGCCUGUGUUUCAGUUUCAAGUCGUUUCUUCGUUCCGUUUGCCGUUUUCCGUUUGUCUUCUUUGGGCUGCCGGCAUUUAUUGCAGUUGCUGUUAUCGUUUUGCUCUCGUUUUUUGCAUUUGCUGCGCGUGCGUGCGUGCGUGCGUUUGACUUAAUUGGCGUUUUAAGUGAAAUUAAAAUGACGGAUGUGCUGUAAUUUGCACACACACAUAGCAAACACACACCUACAUGAAAUACAUAUGUACAUACGUACACGUACAUAGCUGAGUGUCAAUAAAUUUUAAACACGCGGCAGCCCGUGGGGCGUAGCAUGUGCCUAGCCUUUUGAUUACAACUACACAGCGCGUGAUUGCAACGCCCCAGCAGCAGCAGCAACAACAGUUGAUCGAAUUAAGUGUGCAUCGUGUGUGUGUGUGUGUAUGUGCGUUUGCUGUGCUGAUUGCUGUUUGUUGCGCCCGAGGCUGCGUGUCCGGCAAUUUAGCGGAUAUGCAGGAAAAUGUGUAACACCCCCGCCCAGGAAGCCAGCCGGCUGCAAUAAGUGCUAAUAAGUGAAGCGGACCGGAUGUAUUCAUGAAUUUUGUGCGUUUGACGCCCAAGCGUCGGCUCACACAAUAAGCGCGGACAGUGGAACAGUGGAAUAAUUGUGGAACACAAACACACGCACACAAUCUCAAUACGGUCAUGCGCUGCCGCCUCAAUAAAUAUUUGCCUAUGGCCAGCUAAGCAACUCGCGCACUCACUCACUCGCUCAGUCGCUUUCUCGCUCUCUUGAAUAGCAGCAACCCCCUCGAUCGCACGCGUCACGCACUGCAAAGCUUUUCGCUUCGUCUGCAAGUUGUUUUUGCACAAUGCGGCGGCCAACGUCGCUGCCGCCGCGUUUGCUGCGUCGCCGUCGCUAAACCCGAAGCAGAGAAAAGAACAACAAAUUUUCCAAAUUUUAAAUAGCAAUUACAACUAUCGCCCGCCUGGUGCGUUGCACUCUGCCUGUGUCUUCUGUCGUCGUCUCCGUCUCCGCCUCCACCUCCGAUUCCGUCGUUAUUAUUGUUGUUGUUGUUGUUGUGUUUGUUGUCAUUGAUUUGGCGGGUAGCAUGCAGCAGUGGCACACGGUAACAGCUGCUGCGACAAUAGAGACUAACUACAAUAGUUGCAGCGAUUAUUUCAAGCACCGUCGUCGUCGUCGUCGCCAGCGUUGCAGUUGCUGUCGUAGUUCCGUAACGUGGCCAGAACGUUGCCGGGCAAUUAUUAUUUUGUAAGACGUUUUACAAUUUAAUGGUUUUCAUGAAUGGACUGGGAUCCGACCCUCUGUCAGCAAAGGAGGCAGAGGGCCCUCCGGUUCAAGUUGAGCCAGUUGAUUUGAGUCUACGUUCGCCGCGCGCGAGCACCUCGCACGCCACCAGCCCCAGCAGCAGCGGCAGCACCACUAGAAACAGCAGCAAAUCCGCCACCAAAGCAGGACCCAGCAGCAAAGCCUACAGCAGCUCCAGCAGUAACUACAGCAACGGCAGCUACAGCAAUGGCAAGCAGGCCUCAUCGUGCUCAUCCUCCGUUAGUGGCUAUGCAAGUGCUGCUGGUUCUACGCUGGGCGCCUUCGGGCGACAGCAGCAGCAGCAGCAGCAGCAGAUAUAUUCUUCCGGCGUCUCCAAGUUGCCAUUCUCGCCAUUCUUUGCAGCAUCGCCAUUCUUCUUCACGUAUCGACGCAUCAGCAAGCAGGAGGACAACAACAACAGCUGCAGCUACAACAACGGCAGCAGCAGCAGCACCAGCAACAGCAACAGCAACAGCAGCAGCGCCCUCAUGCAGGACUACGAUCGCAAGUUCAGCUUGCUGAGCCUCUUCAAAAGUCCCUAUAAAAUCACCGAUGCCCAAGCGUCCCGCAAAUGCUCCUCAGCGAGUGGCGGCAACAGCAUCAGCGGCAGCAAGUCCGCAAGCACAGGAACAACUGUUGGCGGCGUCUGCUCACCGCCCAGCUGGAAGAGCUACACGAGCUCAGGUGGGUCGACGCAUGCGGCACUGAACCCCGCCUUUGGCGGCCUGGCACUAGGCGGCGGGGCGCGUAAGGACAGCAGCAGCAGCAGUAGCUUCAGCGGCAUCAAUUUCGGCAGCAGCGGUGCGGGCAGCGGCGCCUCGUUCAGUCGCGACGCCGCCUCCAAUGGCAGCGGCUUCAAUGAUCUCUAUAAGAACCGAAAGGUACACAAGUGCGACACGGAGGGCUGCGACAAGGUCUACACCAAGAGCUCGCAUCUCAAGGCGCACAAGCGCACGCACACAGGUGAGAAGCCGUACGUGUGCACCUGGGAGGGCUGCAUCUGGCGCUUCGCCCGCUCCGACGAGCUGACCCGCCACUACAGGAAGCACACGGGCGUCAAACCCUUUCGCUGUCAGCUCUGCACUCGCAGCUUCAGUCGCUCCGAUCACCUGUCGCUGCACAUGCGACGUCACUGAGCCGCAGGCCAUAUGGGAAUACUCAAAAAUUAGCCCCGACUACGCCCACGCCCACAUCAACAUCAUACAUAGGAAAGUGCCCAUGAUGAGGCCGUUUUGUUUUGACGUUUUCUCCUUAUUAUUUAUAAAACACUGUUUCAUUCAUCACUUUGUUCGUUCAGUUUGUAUGUCUUAACGCUUAAGUAGCUCAAUUUAGAUCCGUAAGCGGGCUCAAAGCCCAGUCGAGCUGUAAGGAAUUAGCCAGUAAGUAAUUCAAUCAAAAGAGAAUUUGUAAAAUGUUUAUAGCAUCUAAGCAGACGUUGCCUUCAAGAAGCCAAGUUAACAAGUGGUACCACGAGUAUAAAAACAGUUUACUACUACACUACCUAAGGAAUUUGAUAUAUUUGAUAUAUUUGAUAUUUGAUAUUUAGACAUUUGUAUUGGUGCUAGCAACUGGUGUGUACAUACAUUUACUAAACGCGAUACGUUUUACAUAUCCACGAUACAUUAGCCAGUAAGAAGGUUUAACUAAUUUUAGCGCAAAUUUAUGCAUUGGAUGUUAAGUAGAAAAUUUUAUACGAAAACAGAAGAAGACGCUAAAUCAAAAGAGACCAGAGACAGACACAAGAGGCAGCAAUAUUUAUAAAUGACAAUCGUACGAUUUAAUCAACUCUGAUAUAGUUUCUCUUAUACUUAUACACAUAUAUUCCAUACGAAACGGCAAUCGCAGUGCAGUCGAUCGACUAACUCAAAACAUUCCAAACCAUUUAUAAAUGAACUUCGUAAAAUAUUUGACGGUCUAUCAUCCCAUGCUAUAUCGUAAUUAUUGCACGCCUUUCAAUCCGAUUCUCAAGCAAGCAAAUACAAUAUGAAGCUGUUUAUUUUUCAGAAUUCAGAACUGAUAGCAGACUUUAUGCUUCUGCUGUGUUAUUUUCGUUAGUUAAAUUUGUAUUCACCUGUUAAUUUUUAUUACUUGAAAAUGAUUUCUGUGAGAGCACCGAAAUUAAGUUCUUUCUUGUUAGCUCUUAAUUACACUUGCUGUGGACUUUGAAGCCAAUAAACUGAGAUCGGAGUCGAUAAAUUCGCCAGACUCGUGCAACGAGCGGCGCAACAGAAGAGCUGCAACUGCUACAUAGAUUUAAACAAGCCUCACAGAAAAAAAAAGAAGCCAACUGCAACCAUUCAAGACAAAAACAAACGAAAGAAACAAGAUCAAAGUGUAUUACUUUUGUACGCCAAUACCUUAUACAUACCUACAAUACAUAUUUUUUUGCUGAAAUAAAAAUAAAAAUAAAAAUAAAAA